AUGGAUAUGGGCAGUAUGACAAUGGGCUCUGCCACCACCACGGCAUCGGCCGCCAUGAGCUCGAUGACCGGCAUGUCCGACAUGGACAUGGGCGGCGGCAGCUGCAAGAUUUCCAUGCUCUGGAACUGGGACACCAUCGACGCCUGCUUCAUAUCCACCAGCUGGCAGAUCAAAUCGCGCGGCAUGUUCGCCGGCUCCUGCAUCGGCGUCGUCCUGCUAGUCAUGCUGCUCGAGGCCCUGCGCCGCAUGUCCAAGGAAUACGACCGAUACAUUCUGCGUCGCUUCAAGCGCCAAGUUGCGCUGGAUGCGGCGUAUUCCAGAAACACCACCACCACUACCACCAGCGACCCUGAAGAUGAUCCCACGAACAACAACAACAAAACCGCGCGACAAAAUGCAAAAGCAGUGUGUACGCCGCCGCUCCGUUUCCGGCCAUCCAUCGUUCAGCAGAGCAUUCGCGCGCUGCUGCACAUGGUGACUUUUGCGGUUGCGUAUUUUGUCAUGUUGCUGGCCAUGUACUACAACGGAUACUUUAUUAUUUGCAUUUUCAUUGGCGCGUAUCUGGGUGGGUUUGUGUUUAGUUGGGAGAGUAUCGCUGUUGCUGUGGAACCGAAUUCGAUGGCCACGGCGGCGACGGAGGAGGUUACAGUGUGCUGUGGGUGA